CACACAUACAUACACACACACACACACAUUACAAAAUGGCUGGGACAAACAUCUCUAUCGAUAAAGAGCAAUUCUGCUGCUCGGUGUGUUUGGAGGUGCUGUGGGAGCCGGUCACUAUUCCCUGCGGACACAGUUACUGUAUGGAGUGUAUUAAAGGUUACUGGAGGAAAUGCGAGUUGAAAGAGGAAUACAGCUGCCCUCAAUGCAGACGCACGUUCAGCCCGAGACCAGCGCUGUCCAGAAACACCAUGCUGGCUGAUAUUGUGGAGAAGCUGAGGAAAAGCGGCGUUCAAGACGUCGGUGUGAAGGCCACGGAUGUGGAGUGUGACGUGUGCACUGGGAAGAAACACCGAGCGGUGAAGUUUUGUGUGAAAUGUCAGACACUAUACUGCGAGAUUCACCUGAAGCCCCACAAUGAAAGGAAUCGGGGGAGAGCGCAUCAGCUUAUUGAAGUUACGAAACAGCCGCAGAAAAGAGUCUGCGCGCGUCAUAAUAAAUUGCGGGAGGUUUACUGUCGGACCGACCAACAAUGCGUUUGUGGUUUGUGCUUAAAAGAUGGACACAAGGGGCACAGCGUGGUGUCGGUGAUUGAAGAGAGGACAGAAAAACAGAAACAUCUAGAGGAGGCCUGGAAGAAGUCCAAACAGAGGUGUAGAGAACGAGAAAAGGAGCUGAGGGACAUUGUAAAAUACAUUAAGCGAUCAGCUCAAGCGGUUGAGGAGGACAGUGAGAAGAUCUUCACCAGACUCCAGCGCACCACCGAGAGAAAGCAUUUAGAGGUCAAAGAGCUGAUCAGAGGAGAGGAGAGGACCGCACUCGGACAGACUGAGAAACUUCUGGAACGACUCAAUCAACAGAUAGUUGAGCAGCGGAGAGGAGAAGCUGAACUAGAGGCGCUCGCAAACACCGAGGAUCAUAUCCAUUUCCUACAGAACUAUAAGAUGCUCUGCGCUCCUCCUGACGCCGGCGGUCGACCCAGCAUUGACGUCCAUCCGUACUUCUCUCUGCUGAUUUUGAGAAAGGCCCUCACAGAGCUGACGGAUAAAGUGGCUGAGAUCUGUGACAGAGAAGCAGCCAAGAUCUCAGAAAUAGUUGAUGAAGAGCGCGAUCAGUCAGCUGAAAACUCCCUGAGCGCUGAAACAGCCCGCAGAGACUCCCAACAGACUGAGCCGAAGAGCAGAGGAGACUUCUUACAAUACUGCUGUGAUUUGACAUUGGACCCAAACAUCACCGACUCUCUCCUCAGACUUUCUGAAGACCAGACUGAGGCGAUGAGCGCCGCUGAGCCUCAUCUGAACCCAGAUCAGCAGGAAAUCUUCAGGGGAGGAUCUCAGGUCCUGUGCAACGAGCCUCUGUCAGGACGCCGGUACUGGGAGGUGGAGUGGAGCGGUGCCGUUUCCAUUGGCCUGUCCUACAAACCCAUUCACACCACUGGAGCCAAUCUAGAUCAGAAACUGGGAUGCAACUCCACAUCCUGGAGUCUGGAUGUCUCAGAUUCUCGCUGUGUGAUCAGACACAGUAAGAUAAGUCUAGAAAUACAUACUCCGGUGGCACACAGAGUCGGUGUGUAUCUCGAUCACAGAGCGGGAUUGCUGGCGUUUUAUAGCGUUUCACUGGUUGAUGAUACUAUGGUUUUACUGCAUCGAGAGCAGACCGUUUUCACUCAGCCUCUUUAUCCUGGGUUCUGGGUUGGACUGGGAUCCGCUUUAAAACUCUGUCGAACUUUCAGCUUCUCUGCUUAGUGAUAUAUCCUGUGCUCUAACUUUUUAAAGGUCCCGUAAAGUGCUUUGACAUGUGCAUCUGGAAAGGUGGACCAGUUGGCUUUUCUGUGUGGAGUUUGCAUGUUCUCUUCUUGUUGGCGGGGGUUUCCUCCGGGUGCUCCAGUUUCCCCCACAGUCCAAAGACAUGCGCUAUAGGUGAAUUGGGUAAGCUAAAUUGUCUGUAGUGUAUGUGUGUGAAUGAGUGUGUAUGGGUGUUUCCAAGUCUUGGGUUGCAGCUGGAAGGGCAUCCGCUGCGUAAAUCAUAUGUUGGAUAAUUUGGCAGUUCAUUCCGCUGUGGCGACCCCAGAUUAUUAAAGAGACUAAGCCAAAAAGAAAAUGAAUGAAAUUGGUCGUAGUGUAUGUGUAUGAAUGAAUGUGAGAGUAUAUAAGAGUUUCCCAGUACUGGGUUGCAGGUGGAAGGCCACCUCACAAUUGACUAUAUUACAAAUGCUGAUGAGAUUUGUGAAAUUCUUCUUAAAACGCUACCGGUGUUGUGGGUCACUCAAAAUCUGACUGAUCGCAACGCUCCUUCACGAGCCUCACGCAGGUAAACUCACAGCGGUUUAUCAUAAGCAUUUUGAUCAAUUUUCCCACAGUUUGCACUAAGUAGAAACAUAACAUGACUAUCAACCAGCAGCUAAAUGUUUGUGGAGAAGAAUUAAAAGGCGUUUAUUUUCCUAAACCGCACAGAUGUGAAUGCGUCUGAUUGGCUGUAGACAUCUCACGUCAGCAUGUUCUAAGCAUACAGUAAAUGCACUUUUCCAGGCAAUUUUUCUUCUGCGUUCACAAAGAGCAGCAUUCCGGUAAAUUACCGGUAAUGUUACAACUUCUCUUUCCGUAAAAUUGUGCUGAGAAACACCCCUGCUGCAAAAUCUGUGCAAAAUGCACCCCCUCAUUGACUUUCAUUAACAUUCUGUCUACACUUAAAUUAUAAAUCAAAUUAA